UGCGUGUCGUGUGUGUGUGUGUGUGUGUGUGUGCCGUGUGUGUGUGCGUUGACUUGUGUGUUUGAUCUCCUCUCCUUUAGACGGAGGUUUCUGUAUGUGGUGAACCUGGAGACUCCGUCUGAAGCUCCCAGGAAGAUUGUCAGACCGAGCAAAUGGGACGUGGGGACGGUUCAGUGGAACCCCCACAAGGCAGAGUCCCACGUCUUCGCUGCCUCUAGUAACCAGCGAGUUGACCUGUACACAUGGCGCGAUGGCUGUGGGGAGGUCCACGCGACCCUGCAGGGACACACACGAGUCAUCAGUGACUUGGACUGGUCCUGGUUUGAACCGGAGUAUCUGGUAACCAGCUCUGUAGACACCUACAUCUGUAUCUGGGAUACCAGAGACACGAGGAAACCUACUGUGGCGUUGUCUGCAGUGGCGGGAGCGUCCCAGGUCAAGUGGAACAAGCGUAAUCAGUACCUUCUAGCCUCCAGUCAUGAUGGAGAUGUUCGCAUCUGGGACAAGAGGAAACCCAACACAGCAGUGGAGUACGUUGCAGCUCACCUGUCUAAGAUCCACGGUCUGGACUGGCACCCUGACAACGAAUACAUCCUGGCCACGUCCAGUCAGGACAACUCCGUCAGGUUCUGGGACUACAGACAGCCCAGGAAGUAUCUGAACAUCCUGUCCUGUCAGGUUCCUGUGUGGAAGGCCAGAUAUACUCCUUUCUCCAAUGGCCUGGUGACCGUGAUGGUUCCCCAGCUGAGACGUGAGAACAGCUUGUUGCUAUGGAGUGCUCUGGACCUCAACAGCCCCGUCCACACCUUCGUGGGACACGAUGAUGUGGUGCUAGAGUUCCAGUGGCGUCCGCAGAAAGAAGCUUCUAAGGAGUACCAGAUGGUGACUUUGUCCAGAGACCAGACUCUGAGAAUAUGGAGGCUGGAUCCACAGCUACAGAAGCUGUGUGCCAACGACCUGGUAGAGGAUCCGAUAGAGGGGAUCAGCCUAACUACCGAGUCAGAGAAGAGCCUUCCCUCUCAGGACCCUGAACCCACCAUACACAGCUGUGGCCUGCCAGCCGAACACCUGCAAGACCAGGCUGGUGCUCUGACCUCCGGUGGUAGACAUGACUCUUCUGCUCUGCCCCAGACACUGCAACAGGAGUUCUCUCUGGUCAACCUGCAGAUCAGAAACGUCAACGUGGAGAUGGAUGCGGUGAAUCGUAGCUGUGUGGUGUCAGCCGUGUUCGGGACCAACCAGGUCCACCUGGUGGUGAAGUUCCCUUCCCACUACCCCAACAACGCAGCUCCAUCCUUCCAGUUCAUCUCCCCUACCACCAUCCCCACAGCCAUGAGGACCAAGAUACAGAAGAUCCUGACAGACACGUCACUGCAGAAGGUCAAGAGGAAUCAGAACUGUCUGGAGCCCUGUGUUAGACAGCUGGUGUCCUGUCUGGAGUCUUACAUGGUGAGACGCAUACAUUUUAAAUACUUUUUAUUUUUAAUCCACGAAUCACAUUACAUCAAGAACCGUUCAAACAUUUCGAAAGGUCUUGGACACAAUGACACUCGUGGACAAUGUUCCCUCUAAGAAGAAAUGCCAUGUGGCACAGAGAAGUGGGAAGUUUACACACACCUUAGCCAAAUACAUUUAAACUCAGUUUUUUCACAAUUCCUGACAUUUAAUCUGAGUAAAAAGUCUUUGUUUUAGGUCAGUUAGGAUCACCAUUUUUAUUUUAAGAAUGUGAAAUGUCAGAAUAAUAGUAGAGAGAGUGAGCGUAGCCUAGUGGUUAGAGCGUUGGACUAGUAACCGGAAGGUUGCGAGUUCAAACCCCCGAGCUGACAAGGUACAAAUCUGUUGUUCUGCCCCUGAACAGGCAGUUAACCCACUGUUCCCAGGCCG